AUGGCAGACGAUACACAGGAUGAAACCACAAAUACACCUACCGCGAGCGCGGCCAUCCCUCCAAAAAAAUAUCCCAAAGGUGUAAUAUUGGGAAAAGAUGGGAAACCCUGCCGCUCCUGCAACUCCUUCGCCUCCUUCACCACCACCACCAAAUCUCUCCAAACCUCUCAACCCACCACCUCCCCCCCAACCGACUGCCCCCCCGACAUCGAAGCCCUCGGCCGCGCCUCCUGGACCUUCCUGCACACGCUCUCCGCUUCCUACCCCAGCAACCCCACCCCCACCGACCGCACCAACAUCUCCACCUUCAUGAGCCUCUUCUCCCAACUCUACCCCUGCUGGACCUGCGCCUCCGAUUUCCAAACCUACAUGGCCGAGAACAAGGUGCGCACGGAAAGUCGCGCUGAGUUUGGAAAGUGGAUGUGCGAGGCCCACAAUGAUGUGAAUCGGAAGUUGGGGAAGAGGGAGUUUGAUUGCGAGCGCUGGGAAGAGAGGUGGAGGACGGGCUGGAGGGAUGGGAGAUGCGGGUAG